CCUCUAUUCACUAUCUGAAAUCACCUAUUAGAGCAACGGCCCCACUUCGCCUAAACUUCCGACACCCCUUAUCUUUCUCUCGCGGAUGUCAAACCCCCUGCAUAAGCGCUUUUGAAGAUGUUGGCACGGAAAAAUGCGCUGAUGGAACUAUAGCUACUACAGGCGGUUAGCGAAAAAAUCUCUAUUCCCUGUUCGUUUGUCCAACGUUGGUCAAGGUUGUUAGAUUCUACUCGACGGUGGAAUCGGCGUGGGUGGGACGAUUGAUGUGCAUCGUUUGAAUUUACAAGAUUGUCACAAGUGUGUCGUUUUCAAUUUCAAUGUAGAUAUCGGCUUGCCCCUCCGCUAGUGUUGGCUCUUGGGUUACGUUCGACUUCAUUCAAAUCAAAUAUUUCUAGGGCACCCUUGGACAUAUGCAGAUUCCAACUAGAACGCCAAAUUCUAGUCUUCCGGACGAAUAAAAUGUGAUGAAAUAAAUAUUAUUAACUGACGGAGCACAUGAAGGCAGGCGAAAUAAACCCUACCCUUUACCUUGACCACUCUCGACAGCUACCCAGAAAGCACUGCCACGCUUGCCGAAAAUCUGCGCCCCCGCGAUUAACUGACCAUGCCAUGUCUAGUUCCUUGACCAAAUAUUUCGCUUCUGAAGGAAACUUGCACUAGAAUGCCUUCAAGGAUAAACUAUUUCAAUUUAUGCCCAUUUAUUGUACGCAGUGCUGUGAGGUUCUGAUAGUUGAUGGUCGUACGUUCCGCACCAUCUGUGUCAGAACAUCGAUGUCAGAACCGGUUGAAUCAUCAGGCGAAGGGCCGAGCAAGGCUUAAGAAGGGGGGCAUCCAUGGAAGACUGGGGUUGGGGUCAUUGAAUCACUCGGACAAUCUAUUUAGGUAACAAGUUAUGCAGACAGCAGCUAAUUUGUACAUGGGUGUUACAAUUUUAGAACACUUAGCCUCCAUGAUUGCUGGUGUUUCUGGCGGCUUUUGGGGGUAGGCAGGUUGGUUUCAAGAGCAGCUGCAGAAACAGGUAGCGGAUGCUGGGCGCUUUUCCGGAGUUCCUGCAAGCAGUUGGGCCCGCUAUUGGCCAAUGCGUCUGGGGGAUUCCUAACUAAAACGGCAGCUACCCUUAACUAAGUUUAGGGGACCUGCAGGCGCCCAACCGCUAUCAACCAUUCAACCGCUUACCCUACGCAAAUGGUUGGAUGUCUGCGGCAAACAGCGCCUUGGGUUGCUAUAGGAUUCUAACCAUUACGUUCCGAACUACUACAGCCACUAGAUGGAACUACCAAGCGACGACCAGGAUGACAGCCACCCUUACACCCACUUUUCUCUUCUUGAGGGGCAGCAUUAGUUCUAUGAGUGGAGCUGUGCGGUGGAAAUGUACUACAAAUGCCGCGGGGAAACCACCCUGAUGUCUUUUAUUUCAGAUCCAAAAUCAAAACACUCAGUUGGAUUUGCUCCUUUGGAGGUCAAUGCUCAUUCAACCUUCCAACAUGAACCCAUCACCAAUUCACCGAAAUAGAGUUGGCAAGAAGAGGACGUCUUGCGACAGAUGCCAUACUUUAAAAAGCAAGUGCACAAGAACACCAGGCUCAGAACGCUGCAAUCGAUGCGAGCGCAUUGGGAUACGUUGUGUAUUCAGUGCGACAAUGAAGUUGGGAAGACCAAAAUCACUUCAAGUUUUCCAACCACCUCCUAAUCAAUUCGACAAAGCUAUAGAACAACAGAGCUUGACUCCCCGGGAUAUCCACCAUGCAGAAGUAUGUAUGUGCAGAGAGCCUCAUGCAGCGUGCGCGUCUUCGUCAGGAAUCAGCACAGCACCCCUAAGCGCUCCCACAGCUAUGCGAGAACAAUGGCCCGGGCAUAACAUGACACCUCCUGGGAGUCCGUCGCUGCCGUUGCAUAUUGCGUCACAACUCCAUGGGGGAGAUUCUGCAAUUUACGAACUGCAAGCGCCCUUCAAUUACGACGAACCGAGUGUAUCCAUUGCGCCUGCUGUGGAAACCACCUUACAUCCAGCAGAAAUCGAUUUCGCAUGGCUUUUAGAUUCCUCGGGACCAAAGGCUCUUACAGGGCAAAUUCCCCAAGACGCCAGUCAUAUGGGUUUCGACAGUACAUCUUUGUCUUCCUCCCCCGCUCCGAAUUCGGCACCUGGUUUCUCGGAGGCUUUCACUUCACCUAGUGAUUGCAGCUAUACGGGGGAUAUGAACUCGCCGAUGUACAAGCUUUCAAAGCUUCAUCUGGAACUAGAUAAUCUCCUCAGCUUAUCGAUCAACUGCGAUGGCACGGUACAUCCCAAUGAUCUCAUGUCCUCCCCCAGCAGCCCUUUCUCCGCGGCUAUCGCCAUCCCUACCACCCCAACCACUCCAACCACUGCAAUCGACGAGAUUUUCCUGUUAAGCGAAACCCUCAUCAAAAUAGUGCAAGAGUUAUACCAAGAGGCGACUACGACAAUGUGCCAACCCCUUAGCAUCUACCCUUUCACGCCUCAGUCCUCACCUUUGCGGCGGAGAGGCUCGUCCAAUUCACAAGAUAGCUACAAGAGCGGACGGCAACAAGAGCCUGCAACCAUCCUCCUUACACUUACCUGUUACCUUCGCCUGCUGGGCAUCUACGAAACACUCGUGGUUCCUCUUUACCAAUAUUUUCAACAACAUCGUCCGCAAUUUAAAGCUCACCCAAAUUCCUCAUUUCCUUUGCCAUUGCCUCUACCCAUCCCAUCUCUCCCAACAUUUAAGCUAGGCCGAUACGGGCUUACUGCCACAUCUAGCAUGAACCUAGGGCUCCUUCUCCAUCUGCUUUUACGAACCCUCGAGUGCUUACAUAGCACUGUUAGCCUAUACCUUUCCACAACCUCCCCCAGUCCCCACAGUCGCUGGGCAUAUGACGGGAAUGCCCCUCCUUCCUCUACCAAAUCGCCAACCUCAGCGUCAGAUUGUGCGGAGUCUGGAUUCAUAUCACCAAUGAGAGACAAUGGACAGCACGAUGACUUUAGUGCGUCACUAGGCAUACGCGACCAUGUAACGCUACUUACUGAGUCUGCGUUAAGCGAGGCGGGUAGACGUGAGAAAUAUUUGACAGGCCUUUUGCAUUCAGUGAUGGAAACUUUGCCGGCUAUAAAAUAGUUGUUUCCUUAAUUUUACACAUUUUUAAUUUCGUUGCACAUUGUUAUAGGUAUGGUUAGUAUUACUGAGUUUAGAAGCGUACUAAUUGUUAAUAUUUUAAUUCGUCCUAUUCUGAUUUUACAUGGGGUAGUUAAUUGUUAUGUUUCCAUGAAUCUUCUUUGUGCCGAUCAGGGAGGGAUUCUAUGUGGGACGCAAUCACUUCUGAUAACACUUUGUUCAUUUUGCUUGGGCCUGUGUAUACAUGGCGAGGGAUCUUAAUCAUAAUAAUAUUAAUUUACAUCAUUUCAAAACCGCCAGCUUGAAUGCAUAAUCCGUGCCU